CGAGAAAGAGGGUCGGUAAGAAACAGAAGUAUUCUUAAUUUGAAUGCCACCACCGAUCCUGUUUGCUCGAUAGAAUUAAAAUUUUAGUUUUAUUUAUUUGGAUAAACAAAAGAUACUUAAAACAAUGCUUAAAUUUAGACUUUUGAUUUUCUCCAUUCUGCCUGGAAUCGUUCUAUGUGUGUCCAGUACUUGUAAACAAGGUGAAAACUGUGUUCUUCCUGGAUGCUAUUGUAGCACAUUCAAACAUGAAAUGGAUACUGCCAAAAUGCCGCAAAUUGUAUACUUUGGAUUUGACGAUGCCCUAACAACUGUGCUUCCAGCUUAUUACGAUCGCCUUUUUAAUCACACGUCUAGGCGGAAUCCGAACGGAUGUCCCAUUGGAAUGACUCUUUAUGUUUCUCAUACAUAUACACAGUAUCCUCUGGUUAAACGUUAUUACAAAGAAGGUCAUGAGAUUGCUGUACACAGUGUUACUCAUACGCAUAUUAAAACUCGUGAAGAUCUUCUACGCGAAGCAGAUAAACAAAAGAGAAAUAUUGCCAAAUUUGCUGGUAUUCCUCUAGACGAAAUAAUCGGGUGGCGUAGUCCAUUCCUAGAGACAGCAGGGGACGAACAAGCUGAAGUAUUAAAGGGAUUAGGAUACAGAUAUGACAUUUCUCUCACCUAUAAAAGAACCAGAAUGAGUGGACAAAGUCCUUUUCCGUUUACCCUGGACUAUGGUUGGACAUUCUACUGUCAAAUAAAGCCUUGUCCUAAAAGGUCCCACAGAGGGUUUUGGGAGUUUCCAGUCAACUCAUUAAUGGAUUAUAAAGAUCAAUAUCCAUGUGGCUAUGUAGAUGGUUGUUACAAUGCUCCAAAGACGGAAGAGGAAGCCUAUCAAUACCUGUUCAAGAAUUUCAAAAGUUCAUAUGAAGGCAACAGAGCCCCCUUUGGGCUUCACAUGCACGCUGGGUGGUUUUAUACAAAAUUUCAUUUAGAUGCAAUGGAUAGAUUUAUAAACGAUAUAUUAAAAAACGACGAUGUGUACAUUGUUCCUGUGAGACAGGCAUUAGAAUGGAUGGAACAUCCAACACCAAUGAAUCAACUGGAUACAUUAGAUACAUGGUCAUGUCCAAACCCGAAAUCUCGACCAUCUGCUCACCAUUCACAGCAACAACAACGACCAAUGGCACCAGCGCCUCAACACCCUAAAUCAUCAACAACCACUACUUCAUCGACCACCACUACAACUACAACCACACCAAAACCAUCACCAACAACAACAAUCAAAAUGCCUGUGUGGAAACCCGACCCUCCAAAAACCACGAGAAAACCUGCCUGGGUCCCACCCCCUCCUCCAAACAGAUUGCCAUCACCUCCGAAAAAGAAUUUCUGGUCCUGGGUACAGCCCACUAAGAAAUUUGAUUCCACCACCAAUACAACAUUAUCUCCGACAACUACUGUUACUACUACUCCUGUUCCAACUACAAUAUCCAUCCCUAAACAUCCAGCAAAUCCAGGUGGGCCAUUUGUUUUAACAUCAAAUUCAUUGAAUCCUGAAAGUAUGAGGGAAAACCUUGCUAACAAUUACAACAUAAUGCAAGCUUUACAAGCUUUCUCGUCUACACCCCGAGUAGCUGCCGAGGGUUUUAUUGAAAUUACACCUCGUCCUGACGUAGACAAUAAUGCACCAACUACAAUUCAGCCACUGGGUGACGGAUGCAUGCAGAGUGCGAAUUGUCAACUGCCGUCUUGUUUCUGUAAAGGAAAGAUUCCACCAAAAACUAUGGAUUGGACAGACACUCCGCAAUUCGUCUAUCUCACUUUUGACGGGCCUAUUCAAGAAAGAAUAUAUCAGAAGUAUUAUCAGAUAAUUGGAAACUCAAGAAAGAAUCCAAACGAUUGCCCCGUUGUAUCGACCUUCUUUGUUUCGCAAGCUGGAUCAUCGAAUAACCUUAUUAAACGACUGUAUGACGACAACAAUGAAAUAGCACUUAAAGGAUAUGGUGGAAUGCCGACGGCAAAUAUGUCGAUUUUUGAGGAAGGCAUGAUUGCUCAAAUUUCAAUUUUACAGAGAAUGGGUAUUGAUAUAAUCCAGGGCUGGAGAAGUCCUAAUUUGAAACCACUAGGUGAUGAACAAUUCAGGAUUCUAAGAGACUACCAGUACGUUUAUGAUGCUACGCUAACAACUCAAUAUCAAAAAGGCCCUCGAUAUUGGCCUUACACCAUGGAUUUCAACAAUGGAGAGGAAUGUAUUAUAAACAAAUGUCCGAAAGAAUCCUACAGUGGAUUAUGGGAAGUGCCCACUUCUCCUGUUUUGGAUUAUCUCGGACUUUAUCCUUGUAACUUUGUUGAUGGAUGCACCAAUUCACCUACAACUGCAAAUGACACCUUCAACUUUUUAUGGAAAGAAUUUACCCAACAUUAUACUACCAAUAAGGCACCACUCGGUUUACAUUUUCGACAUAUUUGGUUUACACAUCCUUUCUUUAAUGAUAAUCUAAUUGGACUUCAAAGGUUUUUGGACAAGGUUGGUGAAUAUAAAGACGUUUAUUUUGUUACCAUUCGAAAUAUGAUAGAAUGGAUGAGGCACCCUACAACGGUGGAUCAACUGAAUAAGGGACACUUUUGGCAAUGUUAAUGGGUCGGUUUUCUCUACAAAUUUCCAUUCAUUUCUAAAUUAAUUUUGUCCCAACCUUUUUAAUGCAAAAUUUAUCUUAUUACUUGUCAAACUAAAGAAAUACAUUUUGGAUGAGAAUGAUCUAUGGUGUAAUUUGUUAUGUAAAUAUGUUUGGAAUAUAUAUGAGGUGGUAAAAAUACACAUUAUGCACGAGCCAGGGCAGAAGGUAAAAACCUAUGACAGAUCAUGUUUCCAGUAUUUUUAUGACUAUUUUAUGAGAGUAGCAUAUCGACGAUCAUUCUCCAUUACCUGACUAACACAAUUAAACAGAAUACAUAGUCAUAAAUGAAGAAAAAGCAUAUUUCAACAAAAAUGCUGCAUUUUUUAAACUAACAAAAUAUUAAGUAUCACAAAUGUUUUCGUACAUAAUUUUUAUUUAUUGUUGAAGAAUUUAUUUCAUUCUUCAAUCAGUGAUUUUUUUUAUUUGUGCUGGAGAAAACUACUAAAAAAAAAAUUCCUGCUGAAUUUUUUACAUUUCAAAAGUGACGAUAUUAACAUUAUAUUAAAGUCACCUCUUAUAAGCGAUAAAAAUGAUUCCCUUGUGCAUUCAUAUGUCAUUAUAAUUAUCGACAUAUUAGAAUCUCAAAAAACUGAAAUCCAUCUUUGUGCUCUUUGCUGUGAUAUUGAAUUUGCUUAUCUAAACGACACUUUCUUUAAGAAAUAUUUUUUUGGUGAAAAUUAUAUCUUAAUUUGCAUCACUAAUUCUUUUAGGGAACUUCGAUAUGUCACUAAAUGGUUAAUAUACAAGCCAAUUUCAUGACUGCUUUUGUUUAAUUAUUUCUCUAUCACAAAGUUCGUUUCUUUAUGUAAAUAUUAAUCUAUUGGUUUUUAAAGUAAGUUUUCUAUUGCCUUGUACUAUUUUGGAAUGCUAUUAAUUGUCGCUAGUUCUAAAUUUAUUUUUACGAGUAUUUAUGUGUCGCUUGAUG